AUGGCAACCAAUGCGCCUACCUUGAUCAACCUGCCACCUCCGCCGUCUGGCGAAGACACGCCUGGCGAUGCUCCAGGCACCCCGAACUCGGUCACGACGACCAUGUCUGAGCUCUCCACAGUUGCAAUCAAGGAUGGACAUCGUGGUCACUUCCCCCACCACCGAAAUCCCGCUGAAGCUGAGCGUGCCGACCGCAUCUCGCGCCUAGCGGGUCUGGAGCGCGUUGCAGUUUCGGGUCGCAAUCCUCAAGGACUCAACCCAGGCAGUGCAGCCAACCCUCCGCCAGGUUACUUCGAUGCGAACAACCAGCCGCAACUCUUCCGUGAGCGCAGCACUGUUGGUAGUGCCAGCGCGACUGGUUCCGUUGGUGGUCGCACAACCUGGGCAAGCGGCAGCGAUGUCUACGAGCCGGACCACAUGAGCGAGGAUCAGGACAUGGACACAUCAAGCAUGGGAGGCUUUAGUGACGAAGCUGCUUCUCUAGUUGGUUUCGGUGAGGGUGCGCGAACGCCAGCUCGACAGCAUAGCCAGCUUGGCAGCCCUGCUGUUGGAAAGGCAAGUGCUCUGCCGGGUUACUUGCGAGAACAAACCCCGACCAGUCCCAUGUCAGGUGUCAGCGUACCUGUCAGUUCAGGAUCGACACAGACCAUGUCCAGCACCGAGCAACAGAAGAAGGAGGCACGCAUGAUGAACGGCAUGACCUAUGAUGACAACGUCGUCGACACGACUAGCCAUGCGCCUGCUGCCAGUGGCCGCGACGGAGACUCAACUUCAGGAGACGCCAUUCGUGAGCGCAUGGCACAGCGUCAAGCCGAUCAGGACGCUGGCAUGGACUAUGAGCAGCAAAAGGAUGCUUAG